AGUAGCGACAUCUAUAAAUAGAACAAAUUGCCGAACACCCAAACUUAUAAUUAUUUUAAAUUCUAUAAUAAUUUAGAAUCAAAUAGACGCUUGUUACGGUCAUUCUCAUUGGUCUUGAAGUAAUAUCAAUUUUCGUAGGCAAAUCAUUUUAAUCAUAAAAAAUGUCAGGAAGAAUUGUCUCUAUCAUGUCACAAGCUGUUCAAGCGGCAAAGAAAAGUGGUAGCAUAAUCAGAAACUUGUUUCAAGAAGGAAAGUGGGGUAUUGUUAAUAAGGGAAAGAAUGAUUUGCAAACCGAAGCUGAUAGGUCUGCCCAAAGAUGCAUUAUGGCGUCAUUAAAAAAACGUUAUCCCAAGGUGACCAUGAUUGGUGAGGAGGAACUGGAUUCUUCCCAAGUACCCGAAGAUUGGAUAGAACUAUCUCAGUCAGAAGAAGUUUUAAGCACUGCAGAUCGAUUACCAGACAAACUAAAAAACGUGACAGACGACCAAAUAAUUAUUUGGAUCGACCCAUUAGAUGGUACAGCAGAGUACACGCAAGGCCUUCUGGAUCAUGUAACUGUACUAAUUGGAGUAACGGUCAACGGAGAAGCGGUCGGUGGUGUAAUCUAUCAACCUUACUUUAACUAUAAAGCUGGACCAGACGCUGAACUAGGAAGAACUAUCUGGGGAAUUGUGGGCGUGGGAGCUUAUGGAAUACCUCAACCAACCGUUCCGCCAUCUACUGGUAGAAUUAUAACAACGACUCGAUCACAUUCCAGUGGUUCUGUAAAAGCUGCCGUAGAUUCUUGCGAGCCAACAGAAGUUAUCAAAGUUGGUGGCGCUGGGCACAAAGUUCUCUUGCUCAUUGAAGGCAAAGCUCAUGCUUAUGUAUUUGCAUCUCCAGGUUGUAAAAAAUGGGAUACUGCAGCUCCAGAAGCUGUCCUUAAGGCGGCCGGCGGAAAGUUGACAGAUAUAAGAGGUGUCAAUAUUCCAUAUGAAGUGAACGUUCCAAGAAGAAAUUCCAGUGGAGUGCUGGCUACGUGCUUAGAGUCUGAGCACACUUGGUACUUGAAUAAGAUUCCGGAUGAAGUUAAGAAUGAUUUGAAAGCGGAUUAAGCUUAGUUUAAUUUAUUAGUGCAGAUUAGUGACUACUCUCAGUUUUAGUCUUUCCCUGAUUCGGUGUGUAGAUUAACCAUUUUGUUGAAUAUGGUCUAUGCUGGAGUCUCCACUAAAUUAGAUAAUACAAAUUAACAUAUUAGAAUAUGAAAUAACAAAUAAACUAAAUAUUAAAAUAUUUUAUUACCCCAAAUUCUUGUUCGUAAGCCUUUUCAUCUUGGUUAACUUGUGUUAAUUGAUCUUUUAGAUGAUCCUGCCACGAUCUUAUAUCCCUAAACUGGCUCUGUGUUGUACGAUAGCGUGGAAUCGAUUUUUGAUUAUAAUUCUCCAUGAGAGUCUUCAAAAUGGUUUUACUGGUAAUACUUCCUCUAUAUUGGUUGUACACAGUUAAUCUCUUAGCUCGGUUAAGCUCCUGUGUUGCCAACUUUUUCAACUCAAAUAGUCUAACCGCUUCUUGUAUAUGAUUGUCAAUUCUUUUGUAGACAACUUUAGGCCGAUCUAAACCUAUUCUUGACUUUUGUUUUUGGGAAUUUGAAGAAGCUGUUGAGGGUCUAGAAUGAAUUUUUGAACCUUGUCUCGUUCCUGGUCUAGGUGCAGUUUUUGGUCGAUUUUCCACUUGUCUAUAAGGCGAUUCUUCCAAACGCUUAGGGCGAAGAGGAACGUAUCUAAAACGAAAAUUUCGAACGGAUCCCUCACUACUAGUAGAAUUGGGAGACGUGUCACUUCUGACCAGAGGUAAUCUCUUAUGGAAUACAUUUCCGUUUGUCCGUUCACGAUUCAAACGAGGCGGUGGUUGAGAAGCAUCUUCAAUAAUAGUUGGUUCUCUCGAACAAAACGUCUGCGUUUUUUCUCGUCUCAAAGGGGUCAUCGGCGGUAUAAAAGUAGAUUCGUACGGAUUUCCUGUUUCCGGUCGUUUUUCUCUUGAUUUUAAAUCUGUUCGAUUUCUAUAGAGUUCUCUUCGAUCUGGAGUAUUUUGUUUCUUAUAAUCAGUUGUUUCUCUCUUUAAUAUAGGUCUAUUAUAUUCAAACGUAGAACUCUUUUCGUCGUGGUUGUCUUUAUUGAUUGGUUUAGUUACCUUCUUAUUGUACUCUUCCUUUGUAUUGAUUUCUCUUCUAUCCCACCGAUUAAUGUGUUGCGGUUUUUUGUCACUUUUCUCCUUUUCGUCACGUUUUGUAUCAUUUGCCAAAGUAACUGAUGGGUUAUUGCUAUUACGAUUGAGCUUCUUUUUUUCUACAAUAGGAUCUUGCUCCUCUUUCAAAUCAUUUCUCUUCGUGUUACUUUUCUCAUUGGCACGUUCUGUAUCUCGAAUAUCGGACUCUGUCGUAUGUUCAGUUUUUUGAUUAUCGUUAGAGUCGAUAACAAUUGAUUCUUUAGCAUUUGCAGGUUCUUUAGUUUCCUUUGGAUUGCUUUCUUCUUCAGCUUUUGAAUUAUGUACAAUUUUAGUUUCUCUAGCCUCUUUUGGUAUUUCUUUUUCUUCGCUCACAUGCGAUUCUUCAAGAGAAGUAUUCACAACCGCAGCUGCCACGGCAGUUGCUUCUAAUACUGAAGAUUCAUGCAUUUUCUUUUUGAUUGUUUCAUUAUUAUCUUUGGGUUUAUCAACGACGACUGAUUCCCCAAUCGACUUUGAAUUUUGGCCUACACCAGCUUCCGCUUUUGACUCUUGAACGCUAUUUGGACGAUUAUCUUCCUGAUUAUUUUGCGACUUCACUUGGGAACUUUGUUCUUCUAGAUGUGUUGUGGAAAUUACUGCUUCGCUACUAACUUCCUCUUUCUUUUCAUUUUUAUUUUCAACUUUAGUUUCUUUGACAGUAGUCUGUGCUUUCUCGGCUGGUGAAAUGUUUUCUGUCACGUUUUGAUUUGUUUGCUCUGGGCUACUUUGGUUGUUUUCAGAUUCUUGAGCUGACUUAUUUCCAAUUGUCUUGAUGGGUGUUCCAAUCUGACCAUUGGGUAUUUUUGACUCUGUUUUUUCACUUGAAUGCGAAGUCAUAGGCUUGGGGCUUGAAUUGACUUUUUCAUCUUGUGACUUGUCUGUCGCAACAGCUGCUGGUAUUUUAGAUUUUGUAGAUUCUCUUGUGAAUUGAGAAUUGUUCUUAUUAGGGCUUUUAACUGCUUCGGUUGGUCGUUUUUGAACUGCAGGUUUAGAAGGACUACUUGAUUUCUUUUCAGUAACAGAAGAUUUCUGUUUUUCAAUUGGUUUAGCUCUAGAUGAUGCUCUUCGACUAGGAGCUCGAGUAUCUCUGCGCUUUUUGUCACUAUAUGUAGAGACGGGAGGGAUAGGAACGGGAACUGAUAUUGGAAAAGUUUCUCUCUUUGGAUUAUUACUGCUUUUGCUAUUAUCACCGUUACCAACAGUAGUUUUUGAUGCUGACUUUUUGUCAGUUUCAAGUCUUUCAGUUUCCUGAGUCAAAUUUGCUUGAUUAUUUCUCUGCUCUGCAGGUUUAUGUUCACCACUUUGACUAGAUAGCUUAUCCUCAUUUGCUUUACUUUGAUCUUCUGUCUUCAUUUCACUCGACUUGAUUGAACCUUCUUUGUUAGCUGAUUUAUUUGUUUCGACUUGAUUACUUUCUGUAGGUUUAACUUCAUUCGAUGUUUUUGCUUCAGCCUUGUUAUCUUCCGAAGUUUUUGCUUCAACAUUAUUAUCUUCUGAUGCCUUUGCUUCUACCUUGUUAUCUUCCGAUGUCUUUGCCUCUACCUUGUUAUCCUCCGAUGUCUUUGCUUCUAC